AUGAAACUGGUGGAGUUUAGGCUUGCUAUGCCCUUGACGCUUGAGGAGUAUAGACUAUGUCAAUUAUAUUUAGUAGCAAAGGCAUCGUUAGAAGAUUGUGAACAGUUAUUAAAGAAUUCAGAGAAUAGUAGUAGUAAUACUGAUGAUACAAAUAAAGGUAUUGUUAUAUUAAAAAAUGAACGAUAUGAAGAUGAAAAAGGGAAUACUGGGCAAUUUACAUAUAAAAGAAUAAACUUAUUGAAUAGAUUACCAAAAUGGUUGUUAAGUUUUGUUGAUCCUAAAUACUGUUCAGUUGAUGAGAGAUCAUGGAAUUUUUAUCCUUAUCUAAAAACAGUUUAUGAAGCAAUAGGAUUUCCAAAAGCAACUAUUAAAGUUGAGUCAGCACAUCAUAUAGGUUUUAAUACAGAAGAGAAUGCUUUGAACAUACCAGAGGAAUUAUUGCCAUUAAGAAAAGUUGUAUAUAUAGAUAUUGUUAAUGAUAAAAUAUCAAAUAAGGAUUAUAAAGAGAAAGAAGAUCCUUCUUUAUUUUAUAGUGAAAAGGCAAAAAGAGGUAAAUUUGAUGAAAAUUGGAAGGAAAACACAAAAAUUAUAAUGACAUGUUAUAAAUUAUUUAGUGUUAAUGUUCCUUAUUUUGGUAUGUUUUGUUCAAAACUGGAAAAUUGGAUUAUUGGUACAUUGAGAGAUAAUAUUUUAAAAUAUCAUAGAAAAGCAUUUUGUUGGAUUGAUGAAUGGUUUGAUUUAUCAAUUGAAGAUAUUAGAAAGAUUGAAAAAGAUGUCCAAAAGAAACUUGAAAAUUUGUGGAAUAAAGCAAAGGCUGAAGGAUCUCUUUCUGAUAACUUGACCCAUUGUGAUGAAAGUCUUUUCUUUAGUAAUCACCUCGGAAACAAAAAUGACAAGAGUAUCAAAAGUAGUAAUGGGGAAAAUGAAAACAAGGGUGAUAAUGAGGCCUGUGGGUCGUCUAUCCAUGGUAAGGUCGUUGGGGAAUCGAAAAUGGUUUCAGGUAAGCACACUGCUAAGAAGAAGGAACAAGAUAAUGGUAAUGACAACAGUGGUAAUGGUAAUAAUGAUGAUAAUAAUGACGAUUUUGAUUAUAAUGACGAUAGUGAUAAUAAAAAUAGCAAUAAUAACAACAACAAUAGCAAUAUUAACAACAACAAUAGCAAUAUUAACAACAACAAUAGCAAUAUUAACAAUAACAAUAACAAUAAUAACAAUAACAACAAUAACAAUAAUAACAAUAAUAAAUUAACCAACACAUGCAAACAAAUGAUAAGAAAAUCAGGAAGGAAGACAUAUGGUAAUAAUAAAAAUCAUGCAUGUUUUGAUGAAAAACAAGUAUCAAUUAGCAAUGUUCCAAAUGAAGAGGAGCAUCAUAAUAACCACUCCCAACCGUCGACAUUAUCAUAUGGUACUAGGAGUAAUAAAAGUAUUUCAUUAUGUAAGGAAAACUCGCAUACUACAAUGUGUCCAGAUACUUUAGAAAAGGUAGUAGAAAAGGAAACACUUGAACAACAGGAGUUUGUGAAAACAAGUACAAGAACCUUAAGUAACGACAUCGAUAUUGAUAAUGAUAAUGUUAAUGAUGAUGAGGAAGAUGUUGAUGAUACACAGUACAGCCAAGGGACUAAAAGUGAAGAUGAUGAAAAUUCAAAGGACAAAGAUCUAGGGUUCAAAAAUUUUAACAAAUUGGAGGAAGAAGAUAUUAUGGACUCAAGUAAUAACUGUAAGAAUGAUAUGAACUUAGAAGAACAAUCAGAAAGACAUUUAAGUUUGCCAAGGGAAUCAAGAGUAAGGAGUAGAAUGUUGAAGGAGAAGGAGGAGUUGUAUAUGGAACCGAAUGAGGAGAAGGAUGAUAAGUUGAACUGUGAAGAUAUGACUGUGUGUAUAAAUGAGGAUGUACAUAAGGAUACGCACAGUGAACCGAGUAAUAAGAACAAGACAUUUGUAGAAAGAGUAGACCCAAUAAGAAUGAGCGAACAAAAGGAGGAGUCAGACAGCUUUUUCUUUUUCAAAAAAAAUAUAGGCACGAAUGCAUAUGGUGAAUAUUUGUACCGCUUAAACGAUGGUAUGUUUUACUCGUGGAAACUUAGGUACUUUGUUAUUAAAGGCAAUAAGUUGAGUUACUACAUUAAUGAUACAAGAAAAGAGUUGAAGGGUGAAAUGGAUUUGUUGAAUGCACAGAUACAGUGGAUUGGUGAGUAUAAGGGAAGGAAUAGCGUAUUUGUUGUUAACCCUGUUUCGAAAAGUCUUAGCUAUCUAAGUGCAGAUAAUGAAAUCCAAACAAAGAAAUGUAUGAUUGAUGUUCAAAUGGCAACUCUCAUGAAUAAUGGAUUUACUGAAGGAAAAUAUCAAAUGAAUCAUAAGGACAAACAGAUGAAGGAGCACGAGGAAGGUGAUAAUAUUAACAGCAUGACAAAGGACAGUCUCACUGUAAAGAAUUGUUGCACGGAUGUUGUCGAGAUUUUUAAUAAUUCUCUUGAGUCAUUCAGGGGGAAUAGCGAUGAACUUCGAGACGAGAUGGGAAUCGGAUCGACCGAUGCUGCUAGUUACCUUACUGGUGUUCAUAAAAUUGACAAGUUCGAUAUGAACAGUAGGAGUGAUAUUGUGAAUGAAAUUGCUCAUGGUAAAGAGGAAGGGGAAGAGAAGGAAACGUUUAUACAUAGCGGUAGUAGUAGUAGUGUUAUUAGUAGUAGUGGUAGUGGUAGUGGUAGUAGUAGUAGUAGUAGUAGUAGCAGUGGCAGUGGCGGUGGCAGUGGUAAUUACUGUAAGAAAGAAGUAGAUAUGGAAAGGAGAGGAUUAUUUAUCAAUACCGGUGAAUAUAAGGAGAGGUCAGUGAACAAGAAUGAGGAUUACAAUAAAAAGGAACAAAAUGUUGAUACCCAUUACGGUAGGAGAAAAGAUGCAGAGUAUUCAGAAAAAAAUGACUGUUAUUUUAGCACGACAGAUGAACAAGUUUUGGGUGAAAAGGAAGGCAAAUGGAAAACAUAUGGCAGGGUAUGCACAAAUAACAGUAGUGAUGGUAAUAAUGGUAGUAACAGGAGGAACAUCAGUAAGUAUGGUAAUGGUGAUAAUGGAAAAGGUAGUGGAAAUAGCGUUAACGGUAUUAAUGGUUUAGAUGAUAACUUCUUAUAUUCCGGCGAGAAAAUUAACAGUGAAGCGACUCAGAAUUUUUUCAUCAAAUUUAACGAGUAUAGACAGAAUUACAAUUUAGAGGGAGGAGGAGGAGAGGCUUACGAAAUGAGGAAUAAAUUGUUGAACCCAUCAAAUGAACAUUUAUAUGAGAAAAUUAAUUCAUUCAAUAAUAAUAAUGAUAUGAAAAAAGAGGAUGAUGAUGAUGAUUAUUAUUAUUAUCAACAUUUUAGAAAUUAUAACCAUGUUGAAAAAGUUCAUUUGGAUGAUAAAUAUGAAAAUAUGAUACCAUAUAAUGAUGUAGAAGGUUUUUUGAGUUCUUUAUUAAAUAUGAAUCUAAAUCAUGUAGAUCGUAACGUGUUAGAUGAUUUUUCUUAUCAUUUGGAGGAUUUAUAUAUGGACAAUAAUAUAAAUAACAGAAGGAAGAAUAAUGAAUUGGUUUAUAUAUUUUUUUAUAUUUUUUCUAUUCUUUCAUGUUUUUAUUCAUUUAUAUCAUUAUAUAAAUGUUUUAAAUUUCUUUUUUAUUUUUUAUCUUCUCUUUUUUUAUGCUUAUUUGUGGUUUUCUAUAAUAAGUAUUUGCAAAAUAAUUAUUUUAGCAAAAUUAUGUAUACCUGUUCAAUGGAUAUCCCUAUGAAUAUUAAUUUUUUGGCAUCUUUUUUAAUGAGUGAUGACAAAUAUUAUGUAGGAGAGGUGGACAAGACUGUAUUCAAAACGAAGAAUUCUUGUUUGAGUUAUGUGUAUAGUUCUUUUAAUCUUUAUUUUAUGAAUCCGUUACUUAGUAUCUUUUCCUAUUUUUUUAGACCUAGAAAUUCUUACAGUACUCAAUAUUUACAAAAAUGUUAUAGUCUGAAUAGUACAGAUAAAAAGGAACAUGAACACUUGCGCUCGUAUUUCUUUAUUAAAUAUACUAGCAAAAAUGCGAAGAACUUUUUUAAGCUUUUCAAUUAUGGAGAAGCAGAUCGGGAUGUUGUAUCUGAGACACGCAGGGUGAUGUUACCUCAUAGUGAAGAUGGAAGUACUGAAGGGACCAUAAGGAGGAGAAGAAAAACUUAUGAGAAUGAGGAAACUAUUGGAAAUAGAGAUGGUUCAUUAGUUUGCACAAGUGGAGUAGACGCAGUAGCAGAAGAAGCAACGGUGGCAGUCUGCUUGAGAAGCGGUGCUGAGGAAAAAUUAGAAGUAGAAAAAGCAAAGAACGAUCAGGGUUAUAGGAGCAUUAUAAAUUUAUCUAAGGAAGAUUACAAUAGAGAAAAUGGAAUGAAUGGAAUACCUACGAUCAAUUUGAAACAUGGGGAAGUUAGGAGUAUGAGCUGGGUUGACACUGUAAUGAACAAUCCAAACAGUGUUAAAGAUAAUGGUAAUAUAAAUAUUAUGGUGAGUAGUAAAAGCGGUACGAACGUGAGUGAUGAUCGACAGUGUAGAGACAGUGGGAAGGUUGAUUUUCGCUCGAUGGACGGAGAUGUAUUCACAUUUUGGUUUGGGCCAAAUGUGGGGACAAUUUUACGAAAAUUGAGGAACAACUUUUUCUAUUGGUCAUUUGUAAAGUUGAAAUAUAUUUUAAAAAAUUUUAGAAAUUUUAAAAAUAAUUUUUGUAAAAAAUAUGUACAAGUUGAUGGAUUUGAUUUAUUUCUAAUCCAUGAAAAAAAUGAAAAAUUGUGUAACGUCAAUUAUUUUACAAGUUAUAAUUUUAAGUCAUUACUUUUUAAUAAUUUUUUAAAUUAUGCUAGGUGUUCAAGCAUUAGUAAAUCGUUACUAACAAAAUGUAAUUUAAAUAAGCACAAUAUGGAUGAUAUGUUGUAUACUUUUAAGGAAAAAAAAAAAAGGCGAGGACAGGAACAUGUUACAUAUGAUGAAGAUACAAAAAAAAAAAAAAAGAUUGAAAUACCAAUACUACAACUAUUAGAACUACAACAACUGCAGCAGAGAUAUGAUAUGAAAGAAGCGGAGAAACAGAUAUGUCGAAAAAUUUUUUAUAAUAUUAAUAAUGAAGAAAUUUCAAAAAAUAUGAUACGAUACAUAUAUGACUUAACACAUACAGAAUAUAUUAACUGUAUGAAAUGUAUACCUUUGAUAGAAAAUGUGGAUGAUAUUUUUUUUAUUAUUAAUUUAGCUAAGAUGUUUUUAUACAUAGUUGAGUACAUACGUUUGUUUGACAUACCGAAUAAAUGUGUCCUAAGUAAUUACAUAGAAAGAUUAGAAAAUAAUAAGGACUACUUAAAUUAUUCAGAUGAUUUAUUUAUUAGUAAUGUUAUCCUCUUAUUAAAAUCGAUGAUUUUGUUGCAUACCACUUUUGCAAAUUCUUUUAUUUUAUCGAAACAAAAUGAAAAAUUGGAAGCCUCAUUUGAACAUUCAAAAAUUAGUAUGAGCAUGAAAAAUAAUUAUCCCAUAUGUUUUUCCCUAAAUGCGGAAAAUGUAAAAACAAGAGCACAAAUUACUUCAGAUUUUAAUCUAAAAAAUAUGUGUACAUUUGAUGAAAUUACCGUAGUUGUAGACAACGAGAUACAAAUAAAAAAUAAGAAGAGUAACUAUCAGAUGAAUCUAAAAUUGCCUCACCUAACAUUGAAGGGCUUGUUACACGGAAAUCUGUCCUUUACCUUUUCCGACAAAUUGGUUGUACGCGACUCCCUGCGCAACUGUGCGGAUAUACGGUUUGUAGAUAAGACGAAAAGAAAUGGAGAAUUUUUAGGAGUCAUUAAAAGAAAGGAAACGAUUACGAACAUUUUGAGUGGCAAUGUUUUCAAUAAAAUAAUUCUGAACAGUGAUAAAGAAUAUGGCGAUGAGCAGGAUAUUAAAGUGAAUCUAACCUACAAGGAAAACACGGCUAACUUAACGAAGUAA